GGGCUAAGACAUUAUAAAUAACGAAUAAAGCCACACCACAAAAUCAUUACUUUCACCUCAUAAUCGACAUACAGGCAUGGGAGCUUUGGAUCACCUCUCCAACAUGUUCGAUUGCUCAAGCGGACACCACCAUAAACGCAAACAAUUGCAGACGGUGGAGAUCAAAGUAAAGAUCGAUUGUGAAGGAUGUGAACGAAAAGUAAGGAGAUCAGUUGAAGGUAUGAGGGGUGUGUCAUCGGUGACCAUCGAGCCGAAGCAAAACAAGCUCACGGUUGUCGGGUAUGUCGAGCCACAUAAGGUUUUGUCGCGUGUGGCUUACCGGACAGGAAAGAAGGUGGAGUUGUGGCCCUAUGUACCGUAUGAUGCGGUGGCACAUCCUUAUGCGCAGGGCGUGUAUGACAAGAAGGCGCCAGCUGGUUAUGUAAGAUACGAUCAAGACCCGUCUAGGAACCAUCUGGCUCGUGCCAACUCGACUGAGGUCCGGUACACCACGGCUUUUAGUGAUGAAAAUACAAGCGCAUGUGCUAUCAUGUGAUGUACUUGGCAUAAACAGUAAUCGUAUUCGUAAGAUCAGUAAUGUAUUAAUUAAGUUGUUUAUUUUUAUUUAUUUGGCAAUUUAUAUGAACAUGAGUUUUAAUAUAUUAAUGAUAUAUCUUUAAAUUGUUCAGUU